AUGCGGUGUUGCAAUCCUUGCGGGUCUCCUCUCUUUGAUAAGGGAACCGUUCUACUAGGCAUAGGCGGUGGGUACGGGACCGUAGGUUCAGACGAUGCUUCGCCUGCUAAAAGACUAUGUAUGAAUAGUCAUUCGAGUUCCCAUUCGGUUAUAGUCAGUUCGACCAAACGGGCCGAAGCCAGGCCCCUGGCGAGUCGCCAGCAUGUGCAGAGGGUAGUUAAUGAACACCAAACCAUUGGACAAACCAUUGGACAAACCAUUGGAGAAACCAUUGGAGAAACCAUUGGAGAAACCAUUGGAGAAACCAUUGGAGUAACGAUUGGAGCUUCAAACUUGCACACCAAGCUAUCGGAUGCCGUCCCCAACAGUUCCGGACAUGACUCCUCCGAACAUUCCAGCUUGGACGUCAGUAGUCGUAAUAAUAGUCCUCAUGGUAAUAGCCGUGGAGGUACUUCUGAGAAUAGUCCUGGAGGUAGCAAGAGACCCAUUUUGAUACAUCCUGGUGAGGAACAAUUAGCAGUGGCGCCAAGGUUCUUGAUGUGGGCUUAUGAUAUCCAAUAUUACGACUGGCCUCACCUAGCUCCUUUUGACAUUACCGGAUUGUCUGUGUUCGCAUUGGCCAAGGUGGCUGAGGCUUGGGUUAAAGCGAAGAAGAAAAUCUUCACGUUGGGUGCAAGAUGUUAUAAGGUCGGUGAGGCAGCCCGCUUUGCUCCCUGGAGCCUGAGUGAUUUCGAGAUGUGGCUUAAACUGGAGCGUCCUGAAGGUGAGGUGUAUGGAUUUAAUUCAGGGAAUAAUUGUGAUGGUGAGAUGUGUGGUGAGAUGUGUGGUGAGAUGUGUGGUGAGAUGUGUGGUAUGCGUGUGCGAGUGGGAGCGUUAGGACAGUCGCCACGGUUGGAAGAUGCCAUUGCGUGGGACAAAGUGGAUGUUGCACUUCAAGACGUGAUGAAUUCAUGGCCGACAUUGGCUAGAGGCUUCGACAUACGCUUUCAGUUUCGAAUGGAACGUUGGUGGCGUUCUCGCAGUAGUGUGUAUAGAACGCAGCAGGGUCCCCGUGUGUCUGCCACCGAGUUUGAGGCGCUGUUUGUAAAGAAGCUAGCUGACUUGAGAGUGCCAUUGGAAGCCGUUCCCAAGGCAUUACGUAGAACCUUACGUCAGGAACGGAUAUGUCGGGCAAUUGAGAGCGUAAGAACCAAACAACAGUCCCACAUGGGUAUCAGCUCCGACGUCGGAACAUUCAAUUCGUUGUCACCUGUCAUGAAUGAUGCAGUUCCCUCCUGGCUCCUCUCUGUCUCCGGACAACGAUUUCUAAUAGCUACCGAAGAGGAACGUAAGAUGCGAAUAGCACCACGAUUUCUAGUGUGGUCAUACGACGUAUUUAACCUGGGUUGGUGGACUGCGGUCCCGGAGAGUAUCGCUAAUAUGAAACAUCAGCUUACCGUCUUUGGAUUUGCUGCUCGUAUAUGUGAAUGGAUAAGGACUCAAGGACCUAUAGAGGCUUUAAGCAUGGGCUGCUACGCUUGUGGUGAGGGUAGUGUACCCCAUGACCGGAACGAGAAAUGUGAACGGUGCGAUGGCAAAUGGAACCCGGAUGAGUUCUGGGAGUGGCUACGAUCGAGACACUUCUGGAACCUCUUUAAUCAGUCGAACAACUAUGCAAGAUGUUGUGAAAAUGUUCAAAUGGACUGCGACCUUAGGGAUACAGAUCUCAGGGAUACAGACCUUAGGGAUACAGACCUCAGGGAUACAGACCUCAGGGAUACAGACCUCAGGGAUACAGACCUCAGGGAUACAGACCUCAGGGAUACAGACCUCAGGGAUACAGACCUCAGGGAUACAGACCUCAGGGAUACAGACCUCAGGGAUACAGACCUCAGGGAUACGGACGGUUCUGAUGCGCGUUAUCUAAGCCGUUUGGCUAGCAUGGUACAUGGUGUGGGGUUCGAUGUUCCAAUUAACGGCAAAGAAGAGAAAUGGGACCUGCCCUUCUGGGAAAUGGAGGACUGGAAAAAAUCGAAACUUGUAUCUCGGAAUGUUCGGGGAUGGUGGCUUGAGCAGACUCGCAGAAAGGAACCUUCAAAACAAGGAUUAACACUUUGGGAGUAUGAACGUAUAGUUUUGUAUACCCUUUACGAAUCUCAAUCAACCACCUGA